AUGAAGCCCAGCUCUCCUUCUAGCCCCGAAGCAAUCAAGUUCAAAGACGUGCUUGUUAUGAUGCUUGCUGCCAAUGCUCCCAAUCUCGAAUUUCUGUCUUCAUAUCCCUUGGAUAUGCCCCGCAGUACGCUGAAGUCACUUUUCCAGCGAGCCGCUAAGUCGGGUGUCUCCUGUUUACAGAAUUUAAGGAGCAUCAGUUUCCACCCGGAUGAUGUCCUUGACCAAGGCACAACCUAUGUGCAAGAGUCAUACUUCUCUCGACUGGACAUAGUGCGAAAGCUGCCUGCUAUUGAGUCUGUCUCUUUCACUUUAGCUAUGAGGGAUGACGACCCCGGACUACCGCUUCCUCCGCGCUGUGCCAACUACAGCAAAAUUCAGAUCGACCACUCAUGCAUUCCGGAGCAUGACCUCUGCCGAAUCAUUGAGUCGCCAAUGACGCUGGAAAACUUCGUCUUCACUGUGGGUGGGCGAAAGUACCCCGAGGGGGGUAUUCCAAUCUUGGGCAUGACGCCGCUACUCAGAUCACUUUGGCUUCACCGACAUACGCUUGAGGAGCUGGAUUUGGAUAUGGAAUAUCAUGCGACAUGGCAAGAGUUUUACGAUCCUGAUUAUCAGCUAGAUGAAGACGAAGGGCUCGAUGAGUACGAACAGGAAUGCUAUGAGGAACAGUACGCCAGUGAGAUUCUCGAACUGGCCGCCCAAGAGCCAGAGGCCAGGCCAUCAUGUAUCUCCUUGAAAGACUUCCCAAAACUGAAGCGGCUUAGCCUUGGCGCCCAUGCGUUGUGUCAUUUUGCACGGGGCGUGGGAUCAAACCAAGACAGAUUUCCCGAUGAUCGCAUUGGCCUUCAGUCUUUCAACCUAGCAGAACAUCUGCCUCCCAACCUCCAAUAUCUUCGUGUUUAUGGACGGGGGGAGGGACCGCAUGAUCUCGACUUGUCGGACCACGAGCUCUAUCUGGACGUGGAUGAUCAACUGGAAAGAUUGUUGCGCGAAAUGAAUUCCAAAUCAUUGAUCAUUGAAGGCAUUGAUGUCUCCAUCCCUAAUGCAAAGACGGUUGACGAAUGGGAAGAUGACAACGAUCGAUCGCUCUACUGGAAAGACCCAGACGACGAUAGAUUUGACGCAUGUUAG